UUCCUGUUGCGUAGCAAAGUUCAGUCCGACUUGACAGUCCUGCGUCGCGUGAGGAAAAAGGAAUCGCAAUGAACAGUCCUACUCUAAAGAUUUGUGACCAGUGCAUCACAUCAUAACUCAAACAACGCAGAGCAUAAAUGAAUGUGCUACUUCCAUUUUCAGACGGCGGCAGUGCACUAUUGCUCUUCUCCUGCUGCGAACGUCUUACCGGGAAAAGAACCACGGGGACAGUCAGAGUGACGGCCACCAGCACAGCCAGACGCACACAGAGAAACAGGACGUCCAGGGCGUCCACCCUACUGUAGGUGUGUAACAGCUCUGACUCCACAUCACCUGCACACAGAGAAGCCCUUUACAUCACGUGGUCCAUCCCCUCAUUCACAACUCUGGAAAGUACACACGGGCUCCGGGUACAAGUGACUCAUUCAUUUUAAAAGCCCUUCACAACUUAAGAACAAGGUGACCUUUGACUUUCAGGAGUUUCUUACCGUAAAAGGUGAGGUAACCAAAAAGAGCUGUUAGCAGGUACAUGACGAACAUGGCCAGGAUGGAGACGUUGGCAACAUUCUGCAUACGUUUCUUGGUGGCGCUGGGGUUAGGGCAAUCGGACAAAUGACAUUACUAAAACUGUCACUGCCACUAAAGGAACCACGUUUGUAUUUUGUGAAACGAAUGACGACGCUGUGACUUACUCUCGUAGCUCAGUGUAGAUCGGUAGCACCUCUGGGUGGCAGACGAAGGCGAAUGCCAGAAUUGGGAUGGUGUACGCUGUCUGAAAGCAGAACACGCCAAAGGUCAGUGAGUAACCCAGCACACAUAGAUAAGAGGGACAUAAUCAAAUGUUUGUUUAAUUCCAAAAGCCACUGUUGACGCAAUAUGCUUUAUUGUUGUUGACAUAACACACUCCAGUGCAGAACAUAUGGCAGUGAGUCCGCCGUGCUGACCAAGAGAUAAAUAUACAGCUGAUGAUUCAGCGACUCGGGCGCAGACACGGGGAAAUGUUUGUCCUCUGACCUGUGAGUUGGCGGUAAACAUUUUGGCCUCACAGAAGUCGUCCGUCACAUUAGCGUGGUGUGAAGUUAAAGUUAUGUUAUGCCCAUCCUCCAGCGGACACGGGAUGUUGAAUUUCUUGUAGAUAACCUGGGGAGACACACCCAUUGGCAAAUAUUUAACGGAGAAACGGGUAUCUUGAAGUAUCUUUUGUUGGGUCAAUAUUUUUGGAGACUCACCGAAAUGAGGAAAAACACCAUGCAGGAGAGGGAGAACCCGCUUGUGUAGCCCAAGUAACCUGUGUUGCAAUGAUAAUGAGGUGUUAUGGAAACGAUACUUUAAUUUCAGUAAACCACAUGAAAGUAAACGCAACAACAAAAAACGGGUAGUGGAUACCUGACGUAACAUGGGAAAGUAUAGGGAGUUAAAACAAGAAAGACGUGACGACGGAAUGAAAAACAUACCGAGUUGUCUCAUGAGUGCUAGAGGAAGGAUGAUGAGAGCGCUAACAAUCAUGAUCAAGUUGUUUCCAUUCAAGAACCACUCUCUAAGAGAAAACCAGACAAACAGAUGGAGGAAGAAAGAAAUCAGCACGUAACUAAAGCACAAACAGAAAGUACGCAUGGAUCCUCGUCAGAAACUCACCCUGUGUUUCCGUAUUUACCGAGGAAAGCUUGAAUAACCAGCGGGAGCUCGGACUUGACGAUGAAGAGGUAGCUGGACAUUGCUAAAAGGAAGUGAAAAAGGGUUAAAUACACGUGUGUUCGCUUGCAGAUAUCAGACGCUUCAAAGGGAGGAAAAGGCAGGACAAUACCUCCAAUGUUGUGUAUUGUAAUGGUGCAUCCAGCCAGCAUUUUUCCCGGUGCACCAAAAGCCCGAUUUCCAAGCUGCUCAUAAGCCCGGAUGCCUGAAAAAACAUUAUACGUUAUAUACGAGUGUGAAAAGUUCUGCAGGAUCGACCGUGUGCCGUGUGUUGAGUCGGACUCUGGCUUACCAACAACUCCAGCACUUUUCAGCAGGAGAUGAAUUGAAUAUGAGGACAGGAUGGCAAUGGACACCAGCAGGAUUCUGAAACGCACAAGAGCAGAGAUCUGCUGGGAAAUGUAGUGUAUGUCCAAAAAAACGCCAUGGCAGGAGUUUUUAAUUAGAGGAUGAAUCAUCUCGUCCUCAGCCACAAAACAUGCAGGUUAGCAAACAGUUGACUAGGACGUAGACAUAAGGACUCAAACCACGCCAACAUAACUUGAGUAAUAACCAUAUCAUAAUAAUAACAUGACAUUAUGUCAACGUAAUCUACUUAUAAACGAAAUCAAAAGCAAGAACUAGUAAGUCUUAAAGUAGGCAUAAUAUUAAAGUCUGUAUCAAUGCUCUCACAUACAUGGACAUUAGAAGGGUUAGAACUGUAGUCAUUAAAGAAAGAAACUAAAUCCUAACAAGCAAUUAUUGUGAUUGUUGUCCUUUCUUUUUCCACCAGUGAGUUUGGCUUUGAGAGAUUGGCUCUGCAGCCGUCCUCCUCCUCCUCCUCCUCCUCCUCCUCCUUCUCCUCCUCCUUCUCCUCCCCCCUGCCACAUAGCACAGGACUGAUCCAGGCAGGCGUGUCUUGGAUCUGAUCACUACAGGCUAUUUUUAACUCCUCAAAUCUGAUUUAGGGAAGCUGCGUGUGUAUGAGCUCUAAUGUUCAUUCUGAUAGAUCAGGCUUUGUAAAUUAGCUGUUGUAUUUAUACAGUAUUACAACGAGCACUCACACAGGUAGCGAGACAGAAACGCAGGCAGACUGAAGCACGGAGCACAUCACCUUGCAACUACACAUACCUAUCCAAACACAAAUACACAUGGACAGUCAGAUGAUACACACGCACCCCGUGGCCCUACUUCAAGCCUUAUAAGGAUUCUAGAUUCUUCAUUGUCACGACUAUAACACACACACACACUGGGGACACUCUCUACACAACGUACAAACAGACUAAAUACACCUUUAAAAGAAGUCGCUACAAUAAAAAGAUCAUCAGUUAUUACAGAUAAUAAAUUAAUAGAUGUAAUAAAUCAUUUGUUAUAAAAGUCAGUCCCACGGAAAAGAGGCUGAUUAGUUCUCCUGACUACAUGUCGUGUUGUGUUUUGGCUUUUUAUACUCACAGAAAAAGAAUGAUUCCGGUGUUGGACAUCGCAAAAGCCAACCCCAGAAUCCCACUGCCCAUUAUGGCGUUACUGAGGUUAAAGAUGGACAUGCCAAAUGAAGUCUUUCCCUCGAACUGCGUGACGAGAGCAACGGAGGAUGUUACACAGACGACAAACACAAAUCACUUCAACGGCAUCGCUAGUAUUUACAGUUUUCUCAUUUAACUACACCAACAAGUUUCGUUCUCGAGCAUCUGCGCAAAAGCCCUCACAUCUGUAAAGUGGUUUUCUUUCUUGACACCAGCUUUGUGUGGGAGAAACUCCUCGUGUUCAGCCAAGGCAUCCAGCCCAUCAAACCUACAAUGGAAUACAAAUCAUUGGUUUGAGGGAGCCACAGAAAUACAGUAGCUUAUUAAAAUACACAUUUAAAACCAGAUUUAUGACCUUAAUUGAGCCGACACCUCUGCUGUGAUAUGUUUGGCCUGUUUGUUUACUCACCCAUCUUCUUUGCUGUGUCCGUUUAUCUUCUGAAGCUCCAUUCUGGCUGCUGCGGCUGUGAAUCCCACGUGGCUGGAGUGUGGAGUAAUGAGAGCGGGGGCGUAUAGGAGGCAGGAGUCCCAGUAGAACAUUGGCAGACAAGUUAAAGGCCAAGCAAGGAUGCUGGAGGCGGAUGCAGACCCAGCAGGUGCAGCAGUAGAGAGAGGAGAGGCCGAGAUGGGGAGCGGAGACUUGACGUCUGAGGUGGUACGGCUGACUCUGGAGCUCCAGGAGGCCACAGAGGAGAAGCUACAGGCAGCUCGCUAUGGCCUGGUUAUGCUGGAGGAAAGUGCUGCUCUCAAGAAGAAACACAGGCAGCUGGAAGAGGAGCAUGAAUCCCUCAAAGGAGAACUACAACAGCUCAAAGAGGCAUUUGCGGAUUCUGUGAACAGCCAAAAGCGUGCAGCGGCUGAUGGAGAAUGCCGGGAGGAGAACCUGCUGCACGAGACUGCUACUAAAGAGGCUGCCAUGACGACGCGAAUGGAUGAAGUCCAGGCGGAACUCAAGCAAGCACGCCUUGCUCUGAGCAAUGCCCAUGCAGAGAUCGAUCGACUGGGGGUGGUCUCCACCCAGCUAAAGAAGGAGUGCGAGUGUCUGGAGGGCGAAAAGAGCCAUCAGAGGGAUGAGAUGAAGGAAUAUAAAGUACGUGAAAUGCGCCAGUUGCAGGACAAUGGCGAGCUAGAAGAAGAGAACACAUCUCUGCAAAAACAGGUGUCUGUACUCAAGGAAAACCAGGUGGAGUUUGAAUCAAUAAAGCUGGAGGUGAGCCACAAGAACGAGGAGCAGGAGGAGCUACGAUCUCAGAUGGAGGAGGCGGCAAGGCUGAGGGAGAUAGCAGAGAGGCAGCUGGAUGAGGCCCUGGAAGCCCUGAAGGAGGAGAGGGAGCAGAAGAACUGUCUGCGGCGGGAGCUCUCCGCCCUGACCCUCAACCCCUUUGAUUCUGUGGGGAACCUGGAGCUCCACUUGGAUCAGCUGGAUGACAGCCAGGAAGAGGGUCAGGAGGGAGAGGGCGAGGGAGAGGAUCAGGACAGCGGCAUUAAUAAUGGUCCUGGGUCUGCUCCCAGUUCUGCUCACCCUCCUCACUUGGGGGGCUCCAAAAGUAAUGGCCUUAUCCAUCGCUACUCCACUCCACGCAACAGUGACGUAUUCUUGCGUGCUCCAGCCUCCGGGCUGGUGUCGGACCUGCUGAGUGAGCUACACUUUUCAGACAGUCAGAAACUAAAACAGCAACUUCUACAGGCAGAACGAGAGAAGUCCGGUCUGGUCAGCAAGGUGGAGGAACUGCAGCUGCAGCUGGUGAUGUCCAAACAGGCUCUCAGUCAGCAAGAGGACAAGGUUGGAUCUCUCACCCAACAGCUAAAAGAGGUGCAGCAGCCCAAACAGGAGGCGGACGGCGGGGGAGAUGAUGGGAAAGAGAACGGCGGCGAUGCAGUCUUUGACUAUGAGGUAGACACGAAGAGCAAGGAGGUGCUGGAGGCGCGCAUGCGUUCAGCCAGCGAAGAGCUUCUAAAGCUGCGAGAUGAACUGUCUCAGGCAGAAACUCGUUACAACACCCUGGAGCACAGAUACAAGCAGGAGAAGGAUCGUUGGAGGGCAGAGGCCCAGGAGCUGGCUGACAAGAUCCGUCAAUGCAUCAAGUCCAGCAAGCAGGACCAAGAUCGCAUCAGUGAGCUGGAGAAGGAGAUUGGAGCCACACGGAAAGUGGCCAUAGAUUCAGAAGGGCACUUGAGUGUCGCCCAGGAAGAGCUGCUGGCUUUCUCCGAGGAGCUGUCCAACCUCUAUCACCACAUCUGCGUGUGCAACAACCUGACUCCCAAACGAGUCACCCUGGACUACUACCGUGAUGGUGCCAGGGCCAGUAUUGGAGGAAGUGGUGCACGAAGAUCACACUACAUCUACCCCCAGCACAGCUCCCAGAAGAAGCCGCGAGCGAAUGACAUGUUCAACUCCAAAGCAUCAACAUUGCAGUUCAUGGGGGAGGUGGACAGUGCAGGAGCCAGCGGAGACUCUCCUAAUUGCCCUGGAUCCCCCACCCUGGAUUUUAGGGACCCUUCAAAUGUCUGCAACUUGGUAGCGGUCAUUCGUUGCCAGAUCAAACACCUCCGGGUGGCAGUGGACCUCUGUCGUCAGAGGGGCGCGAUGCCUUACACAGGGUUCAGCACCAGCGGAGAGUCAGAACGUGAUGCUGAAAGCCUCAUGGAAGAAGUAUUAAAACUCAAGUCGCUUCUCAGCACCAAGAAAGAACAGAUUGCUACCCUCAGGACUGUCCUCAAGGCUAACAAGCAGACUGCAGAGUUGGCCCUGUCCAAUUUGAAAACUAAGUACGAGACGGAGAAGAGCAUGGUGUCAGAGACCAUGAUGAAACUGCGGAACGAGCUCAAAGCCUUGAAGGAGGACGCCGCCACCUUCUCUUCACUGCGAGUCAUGUUUGCGAGUCGGUGUGACCAGUAUGUCACCCAGCUGGAUGAGAUGCAGAGGCAGCUGGCAGCAGCCGAGGACGAGAAGAGGACACUGAAUUCUCUGCUGCGUAUGGCCAUACAGCAGAAACUGGCUCUUACUCAGCGUUUGGAGGACCUGGAGGCCCCUCUGUCUCCCCACAGCUUGAACAGCAGUCCCCGCCGCUCCCGCGCCAAAGAGCUGGCCAACAAGUCAGGCCGGGCUCCACGGAGCCCCCGAAGCAGCCCUGCGCGCCCCCCGCUGAGAAGCAGUCCCCGGGCUAGCCCUGUUCUCGGCGGCAGCGUUUCUACAUUGGCCACGCACCACCUGCGAAGUUUAACCAGAAGUCUCCACACAAGCCCUCGCUGAAACGCUCCUUCCAUUACUCCAAAUCCCCUCUUCUCCAUAAGGACCUGUCAUCAUGUUGAAACCCCGGCUCCCUCCUCCUUUCCUGACUCAAGACAUUCUGUCCAUCCCAGAUAUGAUGCAACAUUCCCCAGUCCACCCACCAGAACCAUGGAUUUAAAAAAAAGUUUUUAAAAAAUAAUUUAAAAAAAGAAAUCUCUCAUCCCGCCCUCUUGGUUUUCUCCGCUUGGAGCGGAGAAACCUGCAUGCAGCCUGGAGAAGGAUGAAGAGACAAAUGUGCUGCUCAUUGCUCUGUGAAGUCAUUGACUGUCCAACCUUCGUCUGGUCUUGUUCAAGGCUGCUGUGUGUUGUGGUGAACCGUUGACAGUAUUUAUCCCAGAAUGAGAGACUGUUCAUGUGCACUAUUUACUGUCCUCAGACCUUGAUUCAAGUCUAUGAUCUGUUUUAAGGCUGUAUGUCUUUCCACUCUUGCCUUUAGUCUGGCAUCCUGGCCAGGCCUGUCUGGCGUCUUUUAGUGUCUGUAAGCCAGUAGAUAAUCUGUGAUAACUCUCCCAGGUAGUUGUUGUUUUUUAGAACAAUGCAGCCUUACUAACAUAAUUAGUAUCCCACAAGUAGAGCGCUUGCUAUCGUCUUGAGGUUCCUCCCUUUCACCUGUGAUGUGUCCGGCUCUUUGGCUCUUGACCAUCAGCCACACCCUUUAACUAGAGGUCAGUAAACAGGCUUUUUCAUUGAUGGAAAUAUAUUAGCCAUAAGUUCCCCAACUCGGGUCAAACGGAGUAAUCAGUUGCAUGAUUUGGGAGAUCUUUAAUGCACAGCUUACUUUGCAAACUAUGCAGACCAAGUCAGGACAGUGCCUGUAUACUUCCUGCUGCUUUUGGAAGUCAUCUAGACGUGAUAAGUAGCACAAUUGCAAGCAUCCCAUUAGAUGGUGUCAUGUCCUGCUUGUUGGACUGCGGGGUUUAAAAGACAGUCUUGCAUCACUCAACAUGUUGGGACAUUCACGUUCCUCUUGGUUACAUAAUCAUAAUGGCUGUUCCCUUUCAGCUUCUGCUUUUUCUUUUCUCACCCCUUUUGAACAGCUAAGCAACAAAACUCGUGUUUUGUAUUCCAUCAUUUCUUGUCACCAUGCUUUUGUCUGCUCCCAAAGUAAGCAUGUUGUAUUCUAGUUUCCUUCUCCCGUGGCUCCAGCGUCCAUUGUUUCCACGUAGGAAUGCUCAUCGUGCUAGCAGGCUGCUAGUAGAGUUGCUGCUUGUAGAAAAACUAAAUAAUAACGUCGUCCCAUGACUUUAAAAAGCAUCACACAGUGCUUUACAUGUAGAAGCACAGUAUGAGGUCAAACAAAGAAUAAUAAAUACAUUUCACAUGCCAGGGCUGUGAUUUGAGGUGUUACACCUGUCUCAUUGAAUGCAGUUUAAAUUCAAAUCAAAGAGACCGAUCAUGAUCUUUAAGACUACAUUUGAAAAUGGCUUGAAAAAUUAGAACUUGAUUCAAAAAAAAAAAAAAAAAAAAAAUGUUAACGUCCAUGUGUUAAGUUCACCUGUCCUGUGGUUGAGUAGAAGAGGCCACGUCCUGCUGAUUUAUUUUAGUGCCUUGGUUUUGAUCUUGUCUGUUGUUUUUAAGACUACAUCACACGGUCUAAAUAGAGGCUACUAUUCAACACUGUAGUUGUGAAGAUAUGUUUUAUUUCCUUUUGAGGAAACGCAUUAAGCAGUGUUAGCACUGAAUAAGGUGAUAUCUCAUGUUGUUAAAGUAUUUUCACUUUUUAGCUAGCAUGCCUUUAUAUGAACACAUUAACUAAUGAAUAGUGAGUGCAGAUCAAUCAAGAACAUAAUGUAUCAAAAACAUUAUAGAUCGAAGGUUAAAUCUCAAAAGUGGAAAUGCUUUAACACGAUGUCCUAUUGCUUCGAAGGUUGUAAAUGGAUUUCUUAAUCGAUCACUCUGUGCAGAUAUGUGUGUAUAAUUUAAUUUCCGUUGUUGUAUAAUAUUUUAACUGUAUUUAUGUGAUCUGCAUUCUGUGUAAAUUGUUCUAAAGGGACGACGUGCACACACUCCGCAAAACACAUUUCAUGGUCCUCCAACCUUUUAUGUGUAUGAAGUUUUCCUUUUGUUGACCUGUGAACCACUUUUGUCAUGAAGAAUAAAAACAAGCCAACACUGUA